GCUUCAACUUGUACUUGUACUUACUACGCUUACUUUCUACGCUCUAAUAAUGUCGACCUCCCAGCCAAUCGCUCUCCCUCAGAAUGACUAUCCCAUGGCAAUAGGCUCCUACAAUGGCUCUGCCAAUGGCUCCUUCAAUCCAGCUUCUUAUACUCGCAGGUUUCUCGGUUCACCCAUAUCUUGGCGUAGUGGUUCCUAUAGUUUCGGUGGCAGACACUACUCUGGCAGUCCAAUGAAGGAUCAAAUAAGAGGCUCCUUCGAGCAAACAGUAGGAACUCUUGAACCACAAGUACAAGACGCGCUUAAGGUGUUCGACUUGCAGGAGGAGAUGUGUCGAAACUUCACUUGUUGCGGUAUACACCUUACAGAUCUCCAUGCUCUUCUAGAGCACUUUGAACAGGUUCACAUCGUUGUUGUGGACCCUCCGAAUUCGAACGGCGUUCCUCAUACUCGUCUACAAGUACCUUUCGAGCCUAUAGCUCAUCCAAUUACCAAUCAAGACCAGCAACAGUACCAGUACCAGAAACAUAAUCAUCAACAACAGCAACCUACACAAUAUCCGACACCAGUCGACCCUGAUGACAUGGAGCUCGAAGGAGUUCCACACGCUCCAACCUCUCCAGUCUCGUCUCAGUCAUCGGGUGCUCCUUCCCCACCCGACACCCUCAUUUCGACGCCACUAUCUUCGUAUGCUACCAUCUCAAGCUCAAGUAAUUCUUCGCUUGCUGAUGCAUAUCCGGGAGGCUUCCCGUAUGCUGAUAAACAACAACCACAUCGCGCGAUGUCACCUCACAGUACCAAUCUCAACUCUCCAUACACUUCCCAACCUCCCUCCCCUCAUGCGGCUGCAUCUAGGCAGCCCGUUUCAGCUUUUGAUACCACCACUGUUAUCCGACGAUCGGGCAACAGCAACCCUUAUCCAUCUGGUCCUAAUACUUCCUCUCAGCAAGGAAGGCCAAAUCUUAACUUGAACUUAUCCCAAUUCCCUCCCCCUCGAACACCUAACUCACAACCACCUAGUGCUGGCGAGCCUUUCAAUACCUAUGGUCGCUAUAUGUCUGACUACUCGGUUGGGAUGCCAGGGUCUGCUGUCGCUGGCAUCGAAGGCGCUUUUGACAAUAUGGCCAUGGGCGUCGAUCGUAAUGCAGGAAUGACGAUGAAUAUGAUGGGGGCAGGCAUGAACACGAUGGAAUUCGAAAUGGACGGUAUCAACGCCAAUGUGAAUCAAUGUGUCCCAAGGGAGAAUUGCGUUACACCUGCGAUGUUGUUCAGCAACGCUGGUACUCCAGAGAGCACCCCUGAACACAGUCGUGUAGGGUCUCCCGCGCCUAGUAACUCGCCCCCUCGGCCAGGCAAAAGCACUGACUUUUCCUCCGGUACGACAACCGGUUCUGCUGGCCCCGCUACUUCCAAAUCUGGCAAGAAUAGUGCUCACCGGACAGGCAAUGUGGGCCGACCAUCGACAACAUCAAGCUUAUUGAUGUCCAAACCGUUCAAGUGUCCCAAGCCUAAUUGUAACAAGAGCUACAAGCAGGCGAAUGGGCUAAAAUAUCAUAUCACACAUGGAUCAUGCAACUUCGCACCCCCCAAAGACCUAGAACAUGUUCACGCCCUUUUGGAAAGGAAGCGAAAGGAAAAGGAACAAUCUACAAUUGCGGAGGGUGCUGUUGAUUCUGAACCACCUACGCCAUCUAGACUUUCCCCUACGUCCUCACACCCGCCGUCGGCGACAAAUUCUGCCCCGCCGUCGGCAUUACAUUCACCAGCUAGAGAUGGCGCUCCCGCUCUGCCUUCACCGUUGCUGACUGGUUCGGCUUAUCCCUCGUCUUCCUCUCAGCCUGCAUCCCCGCAUCCCUUAUCGCAAGGAUCUUCAUCUCAUCAUUUACUUCCCGACCUUUCACUUCUUCCUGAAUCUGAUCUGAGAGAGCUGGAACUUGAGACAGAGAAGCGUAUAAGACCUUUCGCGUGUACAGUCGGCGAUUGCCCGAGAAGGUACAAGAACAUGAACGGAUUGCGGUAUCAUUACCAACACAGCGGCGAACACGGAUUGAAGGGAUUGUCGAUGCUGGCCAGCGGUAUCCAUGAAUGUCUGCAAAACGAAAAGCAGAGUUCUGGAGGAGCUAGAAGAGCUAGGAACCAUAAAAGCGAUUCGAGAGCGGGUAGCAGGGCAUCGUCACCGCCUGUACAAUCUCAUCAUCAGCCAACGGUACCUACCUCUGCGGCGAUUUUACAACAAGGUCAACAGCAACAGCAACAGCAACAGCAACAGCAACAGCAGCAAAAUCAGCUACCAUCGCAAAUAUCAUAUGCACAGGCGCAAGUACAUCUCGCAUACCAACAGCAGUAUGCAGAACAUCAACGGGCACAGUAUGCCGCCCAACAGGCCCAACAGACUGCUGUUGCGGCCACGCAGCAGGGGAAUGGUCAACAGCAGUGGACAGCCGAUGUCCCGAUGGCGUCGUGAUAACGCAAGCUUUCUGGCUUUAGCGCGUCUCAAUUGACUCCCUAUCGUCAUUCUUAAUUAUACGCGUUCGUAUGUUCAUUAAGCAUUCACUACUCCAGCGAUUCCCUUUACGCCCCACCCCCCACCCUCACACAACGCACCUGAUCUUGACCAUCCCAUUCCUCUUUGAAACGCAUUGUUGAAAAAUAAAAAGUAUACAUAUCACCUAUAGCGUACAUAUUAGUUGCACAUAUGUCAGAUCACUUAUAUAUACAUAUUUACUAUGUUGUUUCUAAUACGUGCUCGAUAUUUCUGUUUCUUGUUCCUCGCUCUCCCCUCCCUCCUCCUGAUUCUAGGCCUAAUCUCAUACCAGUGUGUUCCGGUGUCAUCAAGUGCUCGUGCACCGUUCUCCAGUCCUUUCUCAUCAUCCUCUUUUGUCCGUUCGUUCGUUGUUGUGUUUCUCUCUUUUCCCCGAUGUCUCUCUCCCUUCUGGUGCACCCCAUUGUAGAUUUUUCUUUCGACUCCGUCUGUGAGUAUAGUAUCCCCCUGACUCUAUUAACCACCCCCUCCUCAUCCAUCGAGUUGUUCUUACCCCCACCCCUCCCUCUGUUUUUUUUUUACUACUCAUACACACUCAUUAUGUUAGUGUAAUCGUUUACACCGAGACCGACGUUGAUGACUUUUCGUUUUGCC